AUGUGGCUUGUCCAAUCGUUUUGGAAACUGUGUGGUGUGUUCAACACGGAUCUGACUUACAACAAAUUCCAAAAUGUGUAUUCAGUACUCUUAAUUGUCACGUGCGUUUACAAUUUUAUUACCGCUUCGAAUACUUUAUGCAAAUUAGACCAGUGGUGUAACGUUUUCUCGACGGCCAUGAUUGGAAUGUACACUAGAGUGUUGGCGACCACCACUCUCCUAUCGAGGAUUGCCAUAAUGGUUCAAUCAAAACAGAGUUUACUUAAGUACAAGGAAACUAUAAAGGCUUUUGAAAUGUAUUCGCCGACGUCAUCUGCGCAACAUAAGAACUACAAGAUAUUUUCGUUCGCCGUCGUCUUCGUGUGCCUGAGUAUAAUUUUACCGAUAAACAUAAGCCGGUUGUAUUAUCUGUAUCAAAAUGAGUCCCACGAAAUAUCGUUAUUCAUUUACUAUCUGUUCAUAUACAUUCAAAACCUGAGCAUGUGUUGCAUAGAAACGCAAUUUGUCACCCAGUGUUUCAUAAUCUACACCAGAUUCCGAGGAAUCAACGAUGAUUUGAAAAAACUACGAAACGAAAACGUCAACUACGUUAAGUAUCCUUUCAUAAUGGGCUCUUCGGCAACAAUGUGGAAAGAUUACAAAAAAUCGUUCCAGUGUGUCAGAUACGACAAAGACUUUUAUCGGCCUCGGCUUAUUAGCAACCCGAUGGCCAACGCUGUUGAAAUACUCAGAAUUAAGCACUGGCUGACCCGCCAAGCCGUGGACAUCCUCAACAACCUACUGGGUAUUCAGAUGGGACUGUCGGUGUUCUUGUUAUGGGUAAUGGCCUUGUUUGAUAUAUAUUAUGAGAUAUUUCACAACUCUCCGUCGAAAUUAUUGGUCUACGGUUGGCUGUUUCAAUACACUCUGAGAUUGUUCAUGAUUAUCUUAGUAGCACACUACACAACGAAACAGGCAAUACAAUCAAAAUCAAUCAUUUUAGAUACAAAUAAUCAAAUGUUGGAUAAUAGUACAAAAGAAGAGUUGUUGUUGUUUGUGAAUCAAAUACGCCAUCAAUCUAUCGAAUUUACCGCGUACGAUUUUUUCACUUUGAAUACACAGAUAAUAAAAUCGGCUAUAGCUGCUGGUACAACCUACUUGGUAAUAUUAGUACAAUUCCAUUCAUAA